UAUUUAUUUAAUCUAAUUAUAUUUAUUUCAAAACCACCAACUUCCCAAGUUUUGCGAAAAAAAAAUUAAAGGAAAGGAAAUUUGAUCAAGUAUGGUAAGGAAACAUGUUUUCGAUCACCGGAAUAAUAAUAAUAAUUCAAGUUUCAGAGAGAAAGAGAAACAAAACCAGCCAGGAGGAGGAGGUUAUUUAUCAUCACCCAUACAUCUUAGGAGAGUGUACCCGAUAGGGAUUGAGAGGAGUAACUCAUCGUUCUCACUUUCUUCAUCACUAAACUCAAAUGAUUCUUCUCUUAAAGGUUCUAUCAUCCUUGGAGAUUGGAAAAUACCGGUACGUCGUCAUGAGUUAAGUCGCCCGCCACCUCCACGAAAACUCGUGAAGUCGGUACAUAAUGUUGUAGCUCGACAACUUAGCCAUAAUGUAUCUGGUGAUGGAAGUUUAACUAGGUGCCAUUGGAUCACUAAAACAACUGAUGAAGUUUACGUUGUUUACCACGACCAGAGUUGGGGAGUUCCAGUAUAUGAUGACUUCCAAUUAUUCGAGCUGCUCGCGCUAUCGGGGAUGCUGAUGUAUCAUUUCUGGAUCGAAAUUAUCAAAAGAAAAGAUUUGUACAGAGAAGCUUUUUCCAACUUUGAUCCUUACAUAGUAGCGAAAAUGGGAGAGAAAGAAAUCAAAGAAAUCAGUUCUAACAAGGCAUUGAUGCUAGAUGAAAGUCUCGUCCGUUGCAUCAUAGACAAUGCCAACUCCAUACUAAAGAUUAUAAUGGAAUACGGGUCAUUCAGUGAUUAUUUAUGGGGACACAUGAGUUACAAACCGAUGAUUAGCCGGUACAGACAUGCAAAAAGUGUCCCUUUGAGAAGCCCCAAAGCUGAAGUUAUCAGUAGGAAUUUAGUGAGAAGAGGUUUUCGGUUCGUAGGACCUGUGAUCAUACAUUCAUUCAUGCAAGCUGCUGGGAUGACAAACGAUCACCUCACUGAUUGUUUCCGGUUUAAUGAAUGUGUGAGACUUGCAGGAGUAGAUCAUGAUUAUGAGGACGAAUCGUUCUAAACCAUCAUACAUCAGUCACCUAACUCGAGUCUCAUCUGUCAUUUUUUCUUAACUUAAGUGGGUGAUAAGUUGGUGGUACAUACCGGUAUUGCCUGUGGUGCAGUUGAGGUCACUGAACACGAAUCAUCGGUCCGGUUUGGUGCACUAGUUCCCCAAAACCAAGAGUUUUAUUUAUUUUUUGUAACUAAUUUUGUUUUGAGAUAUUGUAUUAAUUUACUACCAGUUGUGUUGGUUGGGAAUUGAGUUUGUUAAUCUAUUAUCAGAGACGUUGGUUUGAUUGUAAGUUUACUAAGUAUGAGACAGGAAAUUUUGUGAUCUUUUCAAACUUGCUUGGUCUUUUUUGUUCAGCGAAAUGAUAAUAUGAUGUUGGUGUUAU